AUGAGGAAACUCGAUGGAAAAAUUGCUCUUAUUACUGGCGGAUCAGAAGGUAUUGGUUUUGCUACUGCUCAACAAUUUGUGAUUGAAGGUGCUUAUGUUUUCAUUACUGGACGACGUCAAGAACUUCUUGAUGCAGCAGUCAAACAAAUCGAUGAUAAACAUGUUACUGGAAUUCAAGCUGAUUCAGCUAAAUUAGAUGAUAUUGAUAAUGUCAUCAAAAUAAUAAAAGAAAAAAAAGGAAAAUUAGAUAUUUUAUUCGUAAAUGCUGCUACAGGUACUUUAGAAUCCAUCGAAUCAAUUACAGAAGAAUCUUUUGAUCGUCAAUUUAAUCUUAAUGUCAAAAGUGUACUUUUUACUGUUCAAAAAGCAUUACCAAUCUUUGUUGAUGGUGGUUCAAUUAUUCUUAAUGGAUCUAAUUGGUCAAUUAAAGGAAUUGGAGGAGCUAGUAUUUACAAUGCAACAAAAGCUGCUAUUCGAUCAUUCGCACGUUGUUGGAGUGUGGAUUUAAAAGAACGAAAAAUUCGUGUAAAUACUCUUAGUCCAGGAGCCACUAAAACUCCUAUGCUCAGAAGAAUAGGUCCUACUCCAGAAGCUUCAGAGACGAUUAUUAAUUCAAUUAUAGCUGGUUCAAUUAUGGGUCGAAUUGGUCAUCCAUCUGAAAUUGGCAAAGCAGCUGUAUUUCUUGCUUCUGAUGAUAGUUCAUAUGUCACCGGUAUUGAACUUUUUGUUGAUGGUGGUUUAGCACAAAUAUAA